AUGAAGCCUUGUCGACGUUUGUGGCAACCGCCUUCUAGGGCCAUCUUGCAGUCGCAGAGUUCCUUGCGACGUACAUGCUAUGCUGUCGGCUUCAAGACGCAUCUUGACAUCACGUUAACAUCGCGCAAGACAUUUCUACGAGAUUCACAGUGGCUAUCGCACCUGCCGCUCGGCGAAAGCUUUACCGUCGCUGGCAGAUCGAAUGACAUCUCGAACUGCGACCAAAAGCGCCGUCUGCUUCUUUCAGAAUCGUUGAACAAUCCUGGAUCCUCACAAGGACCGCGAAGCGAUGGCAACGACAUCUCUGACCAUGAAUAUCAGACCAGGGUCAGCAAGGCUUGUCAAGUCAUUGUCGACAGUCUUCCCGACUUUAUGCACAAGGGCGUAGUGGAUCUGCAAGACCUCGAGUGUGAUGAUGCUGUAUCUUCUUCUCAUGGCGGACGAUCCGGCUGGAGCGCAAAGGGUUUGCUACCGAGCCUGUCUCCCUUUCUCGGACAGAGCUUGUUACGGCGUUCCUCGUGGGCGAUCAAGGGCAAGGACAAGUCGAACAACGGAACCACAACAGCUGCAUCGAAUGACGAUCAAGUGUUUGACAGCCUCUAUCAUCCAUCCAUCGCCUUCGAAUUCCGACCUCCGCUUCCACAUAUUGGCAUAGGCAAGUCGGAAACCGUGGGCGAUGAUGCAGCCACAUCACAAGGUGCGGGUACAUUCUCAAAUUCAUCCGAGGGUGAAGGCGGUACAGGCAAGUCGCUCAACGUCUACGACGAGCACGCACGCGGUGGCCCCACCAUCUGCUUCAACGGUCGCACCAUGUACGUUGCCAGCUCGCAUCUGCUCCGUCAUGCGCUCUCGGCGCUAUUUCACGACACGUCGAUUUGUCUCGAAUCUGCUCGCUUCGAGGGUCGUUCCAAGGCGGGAAGCUCGUGGCCUGGCAUCAGUCCUUACAUCAAACGCAGCACGCAGAGCGGUACUCGCUCUGACGCAAACCACUCGGAUGACCUAUGGCAAGACAAGCUCGUGGUCAGACUGCGUUUCGAGGGCAUCGCUCGUAUGACAUCUCACCAGCACACGUACACGGUCAUCUUCAAGUAUGCCUUUGAUCGCAAGACGGGCAUGAUUGUCAAACAUUCGGUCGACAACAUACAGCCUGUUCCCGGGAGCAAAGUCUGGACGGGACUGAGCCAUGCUUGGGGCACUUUGAGCCCUGCAGCUGCCGCUGGAAGUACAGCCGCCUGCUCUUCGUCAAUCAUCGCUCGCCGGCUCCUGCCGUCACGUGUCGACCCAAAGCAAAAAGUCGUUUGUAGUCCUCCUGAAACCCAUAGUGAUUCUCCCGUCUAUCUUUUUCACUUACUGAUGUAG